AUGGCUAGUUUGCGCAAUACCUCCAAAACAAGUCGCGAAGAAAUACUAUCAGAUCUCCUAUGUGUUCCUGUGAAGUUUCGUGCAAUUGUUCCUUCCCAUACUCUCUCAGUUACUCAGCUGCUUGUCUUCGACUUCCCUACAAAUCUCGAAACUAAUUCAUCAUGUACCAAUAUCAUCCUUUCCAAAGAGCCCCCCAUGGUCCAGCUCCCUGCAGACUUUGUUUCGCGAUCAGUUCCUGCAUUUUCAAUGGCCACUGCACUUCGUGAUCAUGCUACCAGUGACUGCGCUGAGUUGGAAACCAUUGACGACAUUUUAGAUGUCAUAGAGUGUCUUCCAUGGGAUGUUCCACUCAAGGGAGUCGGCGCUCAGACUGAUCUAUCUACUAGUGGACUCCGGCCGCUGUUGGCAUCAGGUCCAAUUGGCAGUCACAUCAUGGAUACUAUGAUUGCUGCGGUAGUCGAACAUAUGCAAGCAUCUGAAAAUGGAGACCUUCGGACAGUCUGUGUCGAAUCCCUCGUCCUUAUGGAUACACUUCAGCUCAACGAGAAGCAGUGGGCAAACUAUGAGACUGUGAAGGCUUUUACUCGCCUUCAUGCCAUAGGCUCUGCGUUACACGAAGGAACACUUCAGCGUGUCCUCUUUCCUAUCAAUAUUCAUGACAUCCAUUGGGCUGCUAUCAAGGUCAAUGCAAUCAACCGAACCAUCCCAUACGCUGAUUCUCUUGGGUGGAGUUGGCCCACUCGUGACAUUGACACCAUUUGUCAUUGGCUGGGCGAUCAUGGCCUCUCUGGAUUUAGUAAUGCAAAUGCACUACAGUGCAGUCAACAGCUGGAUUCAUUUUCAUGCGGAAUUGCAGCCAUCAACACCAUCAAGCAUGCUGUAUUUUGUGAUCCUUUGUUCGAUGAUAAUGGAGCAUUCUCCCUCCGCAUGGAAGAAUUUCUGGAUCUUACUUAUGAUCAUCUUGAGAUCUCGGUUCCUGGUGACGGCAUGGAUAUAUGUAACAGUUCAGAUGUGGACGAUGCCAGUGACUUUGAGCCAGAAGAGACUUCCUCGGGUGCAGAGAGCGAACACGAUCUUGAGGUAGAAGAGACUCAGCCAUCUAUCCCCACCCAACCAUCAUCCAUGCAAACUAAUAAACCAAAACUUGACCUCCGUACAACUGACACAGACCAAAACAAAGGUCUGUUCAAGUUCUUCCCAAAAGUAUCAUGCGAGGAGCAUCUACAACGUGCUUGGAAGCCUUUCACUUGGGAGCUCAGAGAUCAGGAGUGGGACCAUUAUCAGCAAGAAUGUAAUAAGUUCAAGAAGGCUACUCACAAGUGUGAAAGAGCAGCUGAGCAAAAGAGAAAACAGCGAACACAUGAAAAAGCUGCUAAGGAGAAACCCACCAUCAAUUCCAUUCUUCAUGAUAGCAAUCCUCAGCCACCAGCCAUCACUAUUGCAGAGGCAUCACGUCCAUAUUGCCAAUUGCAAAGGCAUGCUCGUAGCAAGCGCACACACAACCUAGGCCAGAAGCGCAAGCGGGGGGACACAGAUGCUUUGCGUGUCAACUGGCAAAGCCCCCUGCUAUGGCCAACUAUUGAAAUGGCCGCUCUCCGUGGCAAUCUUCCAUUAACCAAGGCAACACCACCUACUAUCCUCUCAAAGUAUCCUAAUGUUGUCAAGACCAUCGUGGAAGAUCUGCGCACUGUUGGUGUAGCUUUAGACAUCAUGCGUUGUCAUGGUGUAAUCAUCGCCCGCCUCACUGUCUCUUGCCCUGAGGUCUUCGAGGCUGUUGCGAAGGAUGGCUCAUGCUUUCAAUGCACAGAGUCUUGGGUAAAGAAGUUUGUAGCUGCAAAUCUCAAUUGGUUGUUUCAUCGCGCAACCCAUGCUGCACAGAAGACCCCUUCCAACGCCGAUAAACUUUGUCUAGACCAAUUCCUUUGCUUAACUUUGACCAUUUGGAACUGCGCAAUUUUUCAUGCUUGUUUCUACAUCAACAUUGACCAGACAAAUAUUGUGUAUCAAUCCACAAACACCGCUACAUAUGAAGAAGUUGGUUCCAAGCAAGUUGCGGUCGUCAGACAGGAGGAGAAGCAAGCAUUCACUGUGGUGGUUGGCAUAUCUGCCUCCAGCGAUGCUCUCCCAUUUCAGGUCAUCUCCUGUGGCAAAACUACACUCUCCCUCCCCACGAAAAGCACGCCACAAUUCAAGGAAGCACAAUGCUUAGGCUUCAAGCUGUGUUUUUCAAAUAUCGACACGUACUGGUCAACAUUUGAGCUCAUGUGCGACUAUGUUUGUAAUAUCCUUGUCCCUUACUGGACAAGACAGAAGGAGCUCAUUGGUGCACCCAAUGAUCAAGAAUGUAUCUUACACCUGGAUGUUUGGUCAGUCCACAAGUCCAUCCAGUUUCGCACUUGGCUUGAUCAACAUUACCCAUGGAUCAAGUAUCACUUUGUCCCUGGCAGUUGCACUGGUAUUGCCCAACCAUGUGAUGUUGGUGUCCAGCAGCCAUUCAAGCUUGCUGUCAAACAAUGUCAGCAUGCUGACAUCGUUGACAAGUCUUUGUCAUUGCUGAAGAAAAAUGAUGCCGCUGCUGCUGUUAUUCGACUCCACACAAUGUUGCCCACGCUGUGUGAUAGAUCAUUGCACUGGCUUAUCAAUGGCUAUCAUGCCAUUAACAAGCCCAACAUUGUUAGACAAGCAUUUUUUCAAUGCAAGGCUGGCACUUCAUUCAAUCUCUCCUUCGACAGCCUUACCAGCCGCAAAGCUCUUCAAGCACUGUGUGAUGUUGAAAAACCUCAAUCCGAGUUGGCACUAGACGAAGUUGAGCCACCAUUUGUGUAUGCUGCAGACGUUGAACUCGACCCUUGCGAUGUUCCUGUUGAUGCUGUACUAAUCCACAUGACAUCAGGAGGGUCAGUCCCUCAUGGCUACAGUACUGAUGAUUCUGGCAAUCUGCUGGCUUGCAACAAGGCAGAAAGUUAUGACCAAGAGCUUGCAGCUUCUGCCACGGAAGGUGAUGAGGAGAUUUUUGGUCGUGGAAAGCGCAGACACAUGGAAAAUAUGCAGUACAAAAUUUUUUGGAAACAUUGA